AUGCAGGCCUAUACUUCAUUGUACACACUCCACGGGUUCUCUUGGAAACGCCCACUGCCUCUUACACAACUAGUUGGCGAUACGCCUAUUAUUUCUCACAUAUUAGAUCGCAUUAACGACAUGCACCAUGAAGAACGCCAUCUGUCUGCUUCAAGGCUACUUGAAGGUGCCGGGCUCGAGUCAAGUUUCCAAGUUGUAGACGGUCUGCGCUCUCGGCAAAUGACUAAUGAUUCAUGUCGUGGCUCUGGUACCCCUGAAACUAGUUCCUUAGGUACUUCAGCAGUUGAUCUUAUGCGCGCAGCACUCAGCCUCUUUAUCUCCAUCGACCAGGCGCGGCGUGGCCUUUGCCGUCAGGUCAGUCGGCACUUGUUUAUCUUGUCUAUGUCACCGAUUGACUUGACGGGUCUGAGCUCAAAUCCAAGCAUCUCUAUUGUUCCGGACAUCGGUAUGAGCUCAGAACGUGGCUCCGCCGUCUAUCAAACUGGCCGGGAACGGGUAAUAUCCGGUGGCAAGGAUCUGGAGGAUUACGAAGAUGGGGAUGACGACGAGGAUACGAAGGAAUUCCGGUCCCAGCGGCGACCGCAACGACUUACUCCACGGCAUCAGCAGCAUAAGCGAUUAGGAAAUGAAGAGAAGAAUACGUCCUCUUUGGGCCGCCUGUAUGUUGAGGGUCACAGUCCGGAAGAAAAUGAGGAUAUAGUACCAUGCUCUUCUAGUGACACGCAAAGUACUGAGGAAGCACCGGAAGGAGCAGAGCUACGCCACGCAGCCAUUGAGCGUGAUACAGAUCCGACUUCUAGCUUCGUCCAAAAUGGACAUCGAGUGUCUAUGCUGAGACCAUCCCAGGACAAGUCAAACGGAGAAAAUGUCCACGAUGGAUUCGGCAACGUCAAUAAUCACUUGUUCUCUAUUGGAGGUAGCUGUGGGCUCUCUUCUGCUGGAACGAUCAAUCCUCUGGUGGAGCUCAAGUCGCGUGGAGUAGCGCUCAGCGUCUUCUCCCCUGUGUGCCUUCCUAGCCUGGUUGAGCUCUAUCGGCUAGUCAAUGAUGACUCAGUGUUGCUCGUUGCUGAUGGCUGCUGGCAGACAAUUGCCUUAUGCAGUAAGCUGUUAAUUUAUUCAUUUUUAUGGAUGUAA